AGUAUCUUUGAAGAAAAAGGCCCAGAAGUUGCAAAAUGAAUAUCGACGCGAAAUCAGGGAAAAUCGUAAUACAUCCGUGGUUACCAGCAUUGAUAUAGACGAUGAAAUGCAGGGGAGUGCUGAAGAACUUUUCGAAGAAGAAUCAUACAUGGACUACUCCUCUUUCGAAGAGUCUAGUCAGAGUGAAGAUUUAGAUGAAGAUACCACAAGUAAUACAGUCAGAAUUGAUGAAGGAGCAAGCUCGCAUGAACAACCUAUGUUCAUGGUAUUUUACAUCUCAUUGGUUGAGUUGUUUGAAAAAUUUUGCUUUAACUGCAAGGCUGAAAAUCCAAAGUACACAUUAAAACAUGGUUCGAUGGCCAUUGUAGAGCAAAAUUGUGGUAAAUGUGUUGAAAAGAACUUUAUGUGGAGAAGCCAACCUAUGGUUUUAGGAAGAUAUCCAGCUGGAAACAUUAUGACUAGUUUUGGUAUAUUGAUGUCUGGUGUCAGUAUAAGUCAGGCCAUGCUGAUGUUCAAGCACAUGAAUCUCUCAGCAAAUAGUGUGUCCACUUAUCAUGUGCAUCAACGCACCUUCUUGUUUCCAGCUAUUCUGAAGCAUUGGGAAAGCUAUCAGUUAAAGUUAAUUGAAGAUGUGAAAAAAAGUGAUGCAGAUUUCCAGACAUGGUCAGGAGAUGGACGCUUUGAUUCUAUGGGGCACAGUGCGAAAUAUGGAGUUUACACAAUUUGGAGCAACACAACAUCAAAGCUGGUUCAUUUUGAAUUGCUUCAGGCCAAUGAAGUUGGUAGCAGUAAUGCCAUGGAACUGGAGAGCAAAAGAUCUUUUCAGUUUCUUGAGAAAUCUGGGCUUACCAUGGAUGUUUUCAUCAGUGACAGGCACAAAGGGAUUGCAAAGUGGAUCCGAAACGAAAAAAAAGAAACAAAGCACUUUAAUGAUAUCUGGCAUGUAAAUAAAAGUAUUGCUAAACAACUUAAGAUGGCAGGCAAAGAGAAAGGGUGUGAAAUAAUCAAUGAAUGGUUGGGUGGUAUUCGCCGACAUUUGUAUUGGAGUGCUCAAACUACUAUACUUGGCUUUGAAGAGCUUAUCAUUGCUAAAUGGAAAUCUACUGUGAGACUCAUGGCUAACAAGCAUGAUAACCACCCUGAUGCAUUAUUCCCAUCGUGUGCUCAUGGUCAGAUCCCAGAGCGGAAAUGGAUACCAAUAGGAACUAUUGCAUAUGAUAAGAUAUGCUCUAUCCUACUCAAGCCAAGCAUUUUGAAAGACAUCGACAAACUUUCACCAGAUGGCCAGACUAGUUGUCUUGAAGGCUUUCAUUCCACCUUGAACCAUUGGCAUCCAAAAAUGACUCAUUUUUCAUGGCUUGGAACAUUUUGCAGACAUGUUAUUGCCAUACUUCAUUUCAAUGAAAAUGUUCAUCGUGAGUCGAAAAAAUCAAAGGAUGGACAAGUGAAUAUGUUGAACAAGUAAAGAAUGUUCUUUUCAUGUCUAAUAAACAAGAACUUUCAACU